UGUGGGGACCUCUUUGGCAAGUAUUUUUCUCUGGAUCAUGAAUUUGGAGUAUUUAGCACCGGAAAUUGCCCUUGCAAAAUGAGCCAGCUUCCUCUGAAGAGUCCUUUGGCAUCCCCGGUGUCAGAGGGCACGAAUUCCAGGGUAGAGUCUUUGGACAACUUGUCAAUGGACAGUUUUUGGCUGGAAGUAGAGAACAUUAAACAGAGCGCUGAAGUCGAACAAGAGGAAUGCAGCCUUGCAGAUGUCAAAACACAAGAGGAGGGAGAAGCUGAAGCCGAGUGGCUCCAGGACGCAGGUCUGUCCGACCUCCUCGGGGACCGUGCCUCGGAAAACGACAACAUCGUGCUGCUCUCCACCCUGACCAAGACCCAGGCUGCUGCUGUGCAGCGGCGGUUGGAUACCUACUCCCGGUCUCGGAGAAGGAAGAACAAGCAUCCUGUGCGUGAUGUCCGAGACAUUUUUGGAGUGGUCAGCUCGGAGGAGACAGCAGCAGAGAAAGAGGAGUCCAGCCCAGAUCAGUUGUGGCACAAUCUACGGCCUUCAAAUGUACAGAGAACAGAAACCCAGGAUUACUCCUGCACAGUUCGAAACCCUGGAAAAGAGGAGGUGUUCAACAUGGAUGUUGCCUACUCGGAGCAGGCGGCUGUCCUGCUCAAGGGAUCGUUCUUGUCUGAAUCUAGGAAGUUAAAGGAUGGAAAUGCCCUAACUAAAUUUAAGAUCCCCAAGGGCAGACUAGGAGUGACCAGGAUUGGAGAUCUGUCUGCUCAGGACAUGAAGAAGAUCCCCACACUGGCCCUUAUUGAACUAACAGCUCUCUGUGAUAUUCUGGGCUUUGAGCUGAAGAGAAACAAAGCAACAAAACUGAAAACAACAGAGAAAAGACUCUUUGGAGUUCCACUCAACACUCUGUUGGAAAAUGACCAAAAACUGCUCCCCAACACCAAGGUCCCUCUGUUACUCCAGGCACUGCUGUCCUGCUUGGAAAAGAGAGGACUUGAAACAGAGGGCAUUUUGAGAGUUUCUGGGUCCCAGACCAGAAUCAAGAGUCUGGAACAGAAGCUAGAAAGGGACUUCUAUACUGGCCUUUUCCGCUGGGAUGAAGUCCACCAGAAUGAUGUAUCUGGGCUACUGAAAAGGUUCAUAAGAGAGCUGCCGGCCCCACUGCUGACAGCAGAGUACCUCCCUGCUUUUGCUGCUGUACAAAAUAUUCCAGACCUGAAACAAAGAUUGCAAGCUCUAAACCUCCUGAUCCUGAUUCUGCCAGAGCCCAACAGAAACACUCUAAAGGCUCUACUUGAGUUUCUCAGCAAAGUGGUUGCCAGGGAGAACAACAACAAAAUGAACCUCUGGAACGUUUCCACAGUCAUGGCCCCAAACCUCUUCAUGCACAAGGGGCUGCCAAACAAGAUCCCUGAAGGGAAGGAGAAACAGCUGGCGGAGGGGGCGGCUGACGUUGUGCGGAUGAUGAUCCAUUACCAGGAUUUGCUCUGGACAGUCUCCUCUUUUCUGGUAGCUCAAGUGAGAAAGCUGAAUGAGAGCAAUAGCAAAAGGUACCAGUUCUGUGACAAGCGAAUUAAAAAUUUAUUGCGGAAGAUCCAUGCUGAUAAAGACAAGGUGGAAAAGAACCAGGCAGAGCCUUCCAAGAUUGUGAAAGUCCACGCUUCGCUUCUCCUGAAGGAUUCACUAGAGGUGCAUUUGAACAAUGCAACCAGAGUUGCUGAUGUCUUGAGGCAGUUUCAAAAGAACCUGUGCCAGAAUGGCUGGAAUAUUGUUAACACUGUCAACCUCAUCAAGUGUAACAACUCAAUGGAGUGCACAAACUUGCUCCUGUAUGAAGUGGGAGGCAAUAUUGGUGAACGUUGCCUGGACCCAGACACUUACCUCUUAGACUUGUACCACAUCAAUCCCCAUGCUGAGUGGAUAAUUAAGCAAAAUCCAUCUUAUCCUCGGAUGUUCUAAGGAUAGCGUGAGCAAAACGAAGCAUUUGGUUGAAGUUUUUGGAAGGCAUGGAAAAGCUAUAGAGAUGUUCCUGGUAUAGUCACAGACUGGACAAUGCUUGUGUCCUUGAAGGAAAACCAGCUUUAUUUACUACUUCCAUGACAGCUGGCUGUGAGAGUACACUAGCCUACAUGCUAACAGGGGUGUUGAUAAUUGCUGCUUGUUAUGUAGCAGAAUUUGCAGGAGGUAUGAUUAUUCUUAAACAAAAUAUCCCCCCAAAACAAACCCUGCAAACAAAGCUACAGUGGUUGAGCAGCAAAGAUGGAACGGAAGAGAAGAAACAUCUUUUUGAAGAUGGUAGCAGACAUCUGUUUCUUCUGGAUUUGCUCUUUCUUUUGAUCACAUCCACAUUUUGGAGGAGAGACAGUCAAAUGCUGCAGCGGUACUAAUUACACGCCUUUGGUAAGCUCCACUAUUGACUGUUGCACAUCACCAGAAGAAGUUGUGAUCCUGGGUUUCACUAAUAAGAUACUGUUAUGUUCUUUGAAGAAUGAAAAAGGAUGCUUCCAGAAAGGCCAGAUGGGAUGUGAGGCCAACAUCCUGUAUUUAAUGACUACAGUUAAAUUCAUAUAUGCAACACAAGAAAAUAACAUUCCUUGGAAAAAAGUAUGAGAUGGACAGCAGCCUUUCAAAUGUACAGUGUGAUAGGAGAGACGCCUGUCCCAUACAGCUCUGCUGGUAAUACAAAAUCAAAUGUACAGGUUGCCAUUGAUGAGGGUAAAACAUGCAUUUAUUUUGCUGGACAACCUAUAUAUCAAUGGGUAACCAAGGAAAUAUUCUGAAGGUAAUUUGAGGUUAGUAAUCUGACCUGGCCUCAGGAACUAAACUUCUUUUUGGAAGACUCUGUGUAAACAUGUCUGUUUAAAAAAAAACAAAACAAAAAACCCCUAAGGUAUGCAGUGGCUGAAAUAAGAGGUCCGUGCCUGUACCUGGUCGCACAGUGGGUACUGAAUUGAGGCUUUACCGUUCUGACUGCACGUUUUCAUCCUGCACAGCACAGCGUGAUCACUGUGGUCUGGAGAGACAAGGGUAGAGCAGAACGCUUGCACCUCGUAUCACUGCAUAGUCAUCAUACAACCUCAGCUCAAAUUAGACUGCGCUUGUGGAAGAGGAGUGCAGAAGUAUGUUUUCCUUUGUGGUGAUGCUGAAAUACCUCACGUGAGGGAACCUACUAUGCAGUUACGGGGGAUGGAACAUGCACGUUUCUGAAAAUACUGACAUCUGUUUUUUUAUAUACUGUUUUCAAACACUUUUGGAUAUUUAUUCAUGUGGCAGAAGCAGGGCUGCCCUGCAAGUCUAUACUCAAAGUAUUUCAUUUGCCAAAUCCUAGCUGCACUAGUGACAAUCUCCAGUAUUAUUUCCUUUGUUAAAUGAAUUUGUUUCCAUUGCAGUCUGAACUUUCCCUCCUCUGCUUUUUUCCCCCCAGGCUGAUGUGCAGCUAUCCCUAUUCAUUAUCUCAAAGUCCUAGUUUCUAUUGUAAGGGCACUUCAUUCUGUGGUUUGUCUGUCUGUGUGGUUAAAUUCUCUUGGUGGUUAAGAUCCUUGAGGAACGGGUGAGCCGUAGUCCAUAUUCUUUCUGACCUGUUGUGAAUACUGUGUGAGUGGUGCUGAUGUCUUGAAAUGAUGCAUAUAUUAGAGAGUCUGUCUGCUUUUUUUGGUUGAGAUGAUGCGGAUGCACUGACUGGUGGGAUCAUCUUCAUAGCUGUCUUUUUAAGAACCCGUAACAGAAACUUGCAAAAAACCCCACCUCCCAGCCCUGACCCAGAACCCCAAUGUCAAGCCUUCUUGAGGUGCCUCUGUUUUAUAGGGCUUAGAUUGUGCCUAAAGGGGCCUGAUUCUUGUCCUUGAGGAUGGGUGAUUUGUGUCUCUUGAAAGAUCAAGCUGCUUUAAAAUUGGGCAUUAAAAAUCGAUGGUACCUAUUCACUCAUCACUUCUGGAAAUGUUUGUUGCAGUGAUGGAGCUUAGCAAAGAGCAAAUGCCAGAGAUGUGAUACUCUAGGAAAUACCUAACACAUAAAGGUAUCAGUGUAAGCUCAGAGAUCCUUUGUAAGCUGAAUUGCAUCCCUGCAAAUCACGUAACGCUGCAUUUUUUUUUUCCACCCUUCAUAUGCUGGAUGUUUUAUUAAAUAUACUGGUUUCCAUACAUAUGAGGGGGAAACACUACAUCACUGCUUCUGUAAACAACAAAUGAGUGGGGUUUUUUGAACACCAAACAAUGUGAAUCAGUGCUGUGAAAAACAAGGUUGGUGCGAGGUUCUCAUGAGACAAAUGUCAGUUCUCAAAUAUGAAAGGAAAUGUAAAAAAAAAAAAAACAACUCUUUCCAGAUGAUGGAUAUGCUUUUUUAUUUUUCUUUCCUAUCUUUGUACCAAAAAGUAAGUAUGAAUUCUUCAGUCACUCAUGUGCAACCUACUUCUGAAUGCUGGCUUUUAAUAACUUUUUUAUAAAUUUUUAAUUCUGUAUUUAAAAUUCAUUUAUUCAAUGAAACAAUAAAAAUAUAGUAAAAUCUC